AUGGCCUCGUCAAUGUCCCCCGACCAGUACGGGAAGGCCCCGCAGCAGCUUCCAUACAGCGGCGGCAACGGCAACGGCGGCGGCGGUUCCGACCAGGACAAGAGCCCUCUGAGUUCCUUGAACCUCGGAUUCCUCAAGUCCCUGACAGAAAAGAGAACCACGCGUGAUGGCAACCCACCAAAGAGAAGAGGGCCUAAGCCCGACAGCAAACCGGCCAUGACCAGGCGACAAGAACUAAACCGCCAAGCGCAACGCACGCAUCGUGAGAGAAAGGAGUUAUACAUCAAGGCUCUGGAAGACGAGGUGCUAAGAUUAAAGGAGAUCUUCAGCAACGUAUCGCAAGACAAGGACAAGGUCGCCGAGGAGAACCGACAGCUGAAGCAGAUCCUCGCCCAGAACGGCAUUCCGCUGUCGCACUACGGCGACGAUAUGGUCAGCAACCCAAGCGCGGGCUACACGUCCAGCGCCAGCGUGUCCGGCCACAGCUACGGCCACAAUGCGUACACACCGCCGAUGACUUCGACGACAGCACCGUCGGUGUCGCCUUCGUCUCACGGUCCGUCUCACUCCCACUCCCACGGUCCGCCCCCUCCCCUUCCUCAGAUGGUGGGCGGUCAGCAGCUGCGAAACAUGCAGGCGCAGAGUAACGGCAGAGGUGUGGACUUUGAACAAGCGGGCAUUGACUUCGUCUUAACUCUCGAGAAACCUUGCAUGAACCACAUGCCCUGGCUGCUAGAGAGAUCAAGCGAGAUGGGCGGCGAGCCCUGCGGUCACGCGCUGAUGGCUUCGUGCCCUCCGGCGCCGUUCCCCGAACUGACCCCGGACAUCCCGUUCGGGUACAGUAACGUCAACGGCGAGUUGGAUUCCCAGCAGAGAACAUGGGAAGUCAGCAAGGGCAGUCUCUCGGCCCUGUUGGACCUCAGCAAGAAGCUGAACCUCGACGGAGAGGUCACGCCCGUCAUGGCCUGGGGUAUGGUCCUCGGCCACCCCAGAGUCGGCGAGCUUCGCGCCGAAGACUUCAACAAGCUCACCGACGAGCUCAAGGACAAGGUCCGAUGCUACGGCUUCGGCGCCGUUAUGGAGGAGUUUGAGGUCAGGGAUGCCCUGGAGAACGUCUUCUGCUCCCGCCCUGAGAUGAUGAUGUACUAA